GUUUUUUUUUUUUUGUUUUUUUUUUUAAACUCUCGCGGGCUUUGUUUUGAUAUGGCGGCAGGCUUCAAACUUCUGUCUGUUAUGUUUCUAUGACGCACGUUUUCACCCCGAGUUUCUCCUAUGUUACAGCGAGCCCUGCCUGAGACACUGGGCUAUCAUGUCAUCUCCAGCCGGGCUUCAGUACUCCCAGGCAGAUUUCUUGGCCCGGUGGAUGCCAAGUAGCACCAGAGCCGGGGUGAUCCUUAGCCCCUGUCCGGAUUUGGUUGGCUCCUUACGGCACAUGUCUGCCGUGGGAUCCCCUUCCCUGAAGCCGGACGACUCAUUUACCUCCGAUUUCGCCCCUCUGCCCGCCUCAGCAGACAGCAGCUGCCUUGGUGUGAAUGGAUUUGCACCUGGAGGUGAAAGGGCUGGGACUGAGAGGCCAGUGAACGGAAAUUCAAAUGGAGAGUUGGACAGUUUGGAUGAGAUGGCAAGCACAUCCCAAGAUCUGCCCCUAAGGAUGAAGCUAGAACAGUUGAGGAAAUGGCAGCAGCACAUGCAGGAGCAGCUGAAAGCCAAUCAGUUGGAGGAGCUGCUUCGCCUCCAGCAGGAGCAGCAGAGGCUGCUGGGAAUGAUGAAUGGUGCUCAGCAGUGUGCAGGAGAUGACACAGAAAGUUCAGUGUUGUCUGAAGCAGACUACUCACUCCAGGGCGCCUGUCACAGCCCCACCAUAAACUGCCGUGAGGACCCACAGGGCUCCACGUGUGGCCUCCGACAGGAACAAGAGCCCUCACCUGCACAGAGUCAGGAGCGGCUACCAAGAGGUCAAGAUUAUCAGGAGGCGGAUGAUAAGGAGAAGGGCACAUGGAACUCCAGAGAAGAUGAUCAGAAACCGAGUAUCGAUACUAGCCAUUUUCAUGAGCAUGAUGACACGUUAAGGCCAAGUAAUGGUGUGGCUUUGACUGAAGAACACAGCAGAGAAGAAGAUACAGUCUUCCAUGACAGACCUGUAAAGCUGAGUAUCGGGGGUCAGAAGAAGACGUUUGAGGAGUUGUUGGAGGAGCAGCUAAUGCUGGAGGAACAGAGGCUGAAGUCUGUCCAGCAACAAAAGAGCCAAGAUGGAGCUGAAGCUGUACAAGCCCCUCCCAAGAAGGCAUUUCUAAAGCGAGGCGAGGGCCUCUCAAGAUUUACCAACAAACGUAAAGUCCCGUUAUCAAAGUUGGAGGUGAAGAAACCCAAACCACAACUCCAGGCCAGAGUAAUCUCCCGCAGCAACUCCGAUCCUGUAGCUAUCCAGAAAGGUGGCACAAAUGGCGUCCAGCGGCUUCCUUUCCAGCGUAAAACCGCCACACUCAACAAGGAAAACCGAGUAAGAGGUCUCAGUUCGCCACCUCGGGACAUCAGAGUUGAGAGUAAGAUAGCUGGGAGGAGGCUUUUGGGUAGUCAUCAGAGACUGAACACAGAAGGACCAGAGUCUAUUCAAACUGACCCAGAGGGUAGACCAACCAAAAGACAUCAACUGGGGCAAGUAAAGGAGCAGAAUAUUAGGAAAGUAGGUCUGUCAGCUCAGGCUGUGAGGAACCCUGGUCACAACGCACAGCCAAACCCUGUAACCAAACAGGUGGGCAUGUUGAGAGGGCCAGAGAAGGCUGGAAAUGAUGCAGCUAGAGAGACAAGUAGUGGUUUAAGGGUGGAAUCAGCAAAAGGAAGAACGGGGUCAGAAGCGAGAGACGGCGUUCCACAGGAGUCCUAUGAGUUGUCGUUCCAGGAGAAGCUCCAGCGCUGGGAUUGUGACCGGCAGUUGGAAAGCAUGGAGCUGGGAGAGUUUGAGCUGCUGGAGCAAGCGGCAGAGGAGCUGUCCUUCUCGUCCAACUCCUCCUUUGUCAUGAAGGUUCUUCAGAUGGACCAGCAACACAGGGGCCUCCACCCGCGACGGCUCUCCUCCACCCCCAUCAAGUCAGCACCCAGCGGUGCACGUCAGAGGUGCAGUAGUGUUGGUAGUAGUUGUGGUUUGGCAUGUAAAAGCAGUUCCGUGAACUCUGAUGCAUUUGUGGUAAAGAUGACAGACGAUGCACUCAAGAACAAAGUAAGCGUUGAGGAUAAGGAGUUACUGGACAGUGAGAGAGAAGACAAGCACGCAAACUCUGACGUUUCAUUCAGUGGCGGCUCUGAAUUUGAAGACCAGGAAGUAGCAGCUAAACCACCUUCGUUUCCCAGCACCCUUUGCUUUCCUGCCCAGUCCAACCCGCCGUACGACAAGCGGUCGUAUCAGGACGAGGACAGUUGCAGGGAUUCGGCUGCAGAUGUGACAGGAGUUGAUGACAGCGUCCUCAGCAAUGCCGACGAGUCCACUCUGAUAGAGGACAAAGACGGGCAGCAGGGUAGAGUUGUGUUUGACGACGAUGACACAUGGAACGACCUGGAGGACACUGCCAUCGGCACAGCCAAUGAACCCAGAGGAGUUAGUCCAGUUCCCAAGGCAAAAGCUAGUGGGAUCUCACCACCCAUGCAGACUCUGUUGAGGAAGGUGGCAGUGAGCAAAGUUGUCCAGGAGCCAGAUCCUCCUCUUCCUCCUGCCUCUCAGCUCAUGACAAGGUUGUUCCCCUCGUUGAAGCCAAAGGUCCAGAAUGCACCUCUCCCUCCUCCUCCUGCUGCUUCUGUUGCGCCUGAGUCCAAAAAACCAGAGGAGGUGACAGGCCAGCAGGUCCAGUCUAGACAGCUGAGGGAGAGACUGGUUGAGCUCGAGAUUGAGAUCGAGAGAUUUAAAAAGGAGAAUGCUGCCGUCACCAAACUCAGACAGGAGAAUGAGAAAAACCAGGAAAAUCUCAGGAAAGAGCGUUUGGAGUUUGAACAGAUAAAAGCAGAGGAGCUGGUCAAGUUUGAAGAGUACAAGAAAGAGGAGAACAGGAAGUUGCAUAAGGAGCGCAAACUGUUUGAGAAACAUGCGUCUGCCGCCAGAGCCAUGCCCGACAAGAAGGAGCGAGAGGAAAUCCAGGUGUUGAAGCAGCAGCUGAGCUCCCUGCAGGAGGAGCUGAGGGGGAGGGAGAGUCGCUGGGCCUCCACAAACAGCCGGCUACGGCAACAGAUCGACUCCCUCAGCCAGGAGAACAGUGCUCUCCGGGAUGAGAUCCGUAUGUUGGAAAAGCUUCGCCUCAGUGCCUGGAAGAAAAACCCUGUCAACGCAGAGAAGGACAAAGAAACGAGAGACGGUCCCAAAAUGUUUGCGAAUAAUGUGUCAUCUGUGACCAAAGGAGUGAAAUUCGCCAGCCCUCUUGACUCCAGAGGAAGGAGCAACAGCCCUCCACAAGGCAGCAGUGCUGCAGCCACUAGAAGGGAGAGCAGUCCAGUUGUUACAGUUUUGUGUCAAAUGUCAGCAGUGAUAAAGAGCAGCCUAAGGAGGCCAUCAGGGCCAGGCUCCUCUUCCUCCUCGUUGCCUGGCAGGAGGACAGAGGAGAGGUCAACACCUGCCAGCAAGAGCCAGGACAAACUGCCAAACCAAGAACACUCAAGCCACUGCUCUCCGAAAAGAGAUUCUCUGCCAAAAGAGCCAGAGUGCAGUGAGGUCGAAGAGCCCGAAUCAGCUCAGGAGGUUAUCACACACCCCGAUGGGAAGAUAGAGAAGGUUCUGGCCGGUGGCGGUCGUCUCAUCGUUUUCCCCAACGGGACCAAGAAGGAGGUUUCAGCAGACGGACUGUCGGCCAAAGUCACCUUUUUCAACGGAGACACCAAAGAGGUCACAGGUGACCAGAGAGUGAUCUACUACUACGCUGACGCCCAGACUACACACAUCACCUACCCAGAUGGCAUGGAGGUCCUGCACUUCCCCAACAACCAGACUGAAAAGCAUUUCCCAGACGGCCAUAAGGAAAUCACCUUCUCAGAUCAGACGGUCAAGAACCUGUUCCCCAACGGCCGGGAGGAGAGCGUGCUGACAGACGGGACCAUCAUACAAGUCAACCCGGACGGCACAAAGGAGAUCCAUUUCAACACAGGCCAGAAGGAGAUCCACACAGCUGACUACAAGAGGAGGGAGUAUCCAGAUGGCACCGUGAAGACAGUCUACACCGAUGGCAGGCAGGAAACCCACUACCCCACCGGGCGGCUCAGGGUCAAAGACAAAGAUGGCAACGUCAUCUUGGACAACAUGGCGUAGAAAUACGGCGUCUUGAAGCAAACCUCACUUUUCUGAGUCGGUACAGCUCGGAUUCUCAGAGACUAAUUGCAAAAUGUCUCCACCAAAUCACUUAUUUGAAUCACUUGUUUUGUUGCUCCCUUCUUCAACAUGCAGCUACAGCUGAUACACAGUGAAUGAGUUCAAGUCGUGAGCCUUUUUAAAA